AUGUGGCCAUUGCCUCGGUUCGGCUGUCUCCUGACCGUCCGAGCCUCUUCCUCUCCUUCGCCUGCUCGUCGCCGCCCCACCUCGCCCCCCUCAUCUCUCCUACUCGCUAUGGCUUCUCUCCUCUUCGCUUCCCACGUCCGCCUCGCGUCUCAUUGGCCCGCUCUGCUUCUCCAGCCUCCAUACCACACUUGCCCUACCACACUUCUGCACUUCUGCACUUCUGCUUGA